GGAAAGGAACAUAUUUGCGGGCAAUAUGGCGCUGUCGCUGUCAGCACCCGCUACCGGACAGCACCCUCUCAGUACAGUGGAGGCAAAUGCAUUUAUUUGAAUAAGAUUGCGUGAUUGAUAGAGUGGUGCUAUUGUCGGUGUUCAUAAGCCAUUUACCGCGCUGUCGCUGGAGUUCUUAUGUGAAUGGGAUACACCUGACCGGUCCACCGUUUGGUGCAACAGAGACUGCGGGAAAUAUCUCAUAUUUAAAUGUUAUGCGGUGUGCAGUUGUUUGCUACCGGUAACGAUACUUUCAUGGACUGGGACACCUCUGCAGCGACGAGAUUUGCAAAUUUAUGCACAAUUGGACAGCAAGAGCAAACGGUCAAUUGCACGGUAUCUCGUGUUGCUAUGCAGUGUUAGGCAAGCAAUCACAGUGAUAGCAAUCACAGCAUCAAAUAGCCAACACGCCAUCAAAUGGGGGUGGAAAUUUUCUUAACCGAUUGCAUUAUUUGCCUUUAAAGAUGGAGGAGCGCUUUGAAACACAAAUUAGACCGGACUUGAAUGGACAAACCAUGCAGUCUUUCCCUCUACCACUGGCUAGUUUAUUUAAUUUCAACCUGCAGUAGUGUCUCUCUACAACAUCAGCACCCCCUCUCCCCGGCGAGGAAGAUGUUGGCGAUACCGUUGAUGAGCAUCAUGUCUUCAUCACUCUUCGUUCCCGGUUUUGCACUCAACUCCCAUUUCGACUUAGAUGGGGCUCCUCUGAGUGAGCUGUCGUGGCCAUCGUCUCUGGCGGUGGUGGCUGUUUCCUUGUCUGGGCUCUUCAUCUUCAUCUUCCUCAUGCUGGCCUGCCUCUGCUGCAAGAAGGGACACUCUGGUUUCAAGGAGUUUGAGAAUGCAGAGGGGGAGGAGUACCAGACGGAACAGUCCACUCUGGUGUCUCCAGCCUCACAGACUGGACCGGACGUCUACAUCCUGCCGCUCACUGAGGUGUCACACCCAGUGGCCCAUCAGCCGGGACCAUCUGUGCAACUCCUGAAAUCCACAGACCUCUGUCGCCACAGUCUUCUGUACUUGAAGGAGAUUGGUGAUGGCUGGUUCGGAAAGGUUCUCCUGGCGGAGGUGAAUGCGGGCCUGAGUACCAGCCAGGUGGUGGUAAAGGAGCUGAAGGCCAGUGCUAGUGUCCAGGACCAGAUACGCUUCCUGGAGGAGGCUCAACCAUACCGGGUCCUCCAGCACCCGGCCCUCCUGCAGUGCCUGGCCCAGUGCGCCGAAGUCACCCCGUACCUGCUGGUGGUGGAGUUCUGCCCCCUGGGUGAUGUAAAAGGUUACCUGCGGAGCUGUCGGGCCGCAGACACUGUAACCCCUGAACCCCUGAUCCUUCAGAGGAUGGCAUGUGAAAUCGCCUCAGGACUCCUGCAUCUGCACAAACACAACUUUAUACACAGUGACCUGGCCUUGAGAAACUGCCUGCUAACCUCUGACCUCACCGUGAAAAUUGGAGACUAUGGUUUGUCACAGAACAAGUACAAAGAUGACUACUUCGUGACAUCGGACCAGAUGUCUGUCCCCCUGCGCUGGAUCGCUCCAGAACUCAUUGACGAGGCCCAUGGCAACAUCCUGGUGGAGAACCAGAACCAACAGAGCAAUGUCUGGUCGCUGGGGGUCACCAUCUGGGAGCUGUUUGAGAUGGGGAACCAACCGUAUCAACACUAUUCUGACAGACAGGUCCUGAUCUACGCUGUGAAGGAACAGCAGCUCAGACUACCCAAACCUCUGCUCAAAACACCCCUAGCUGAACGCUGGUACGAGGUGAUGCAGUUCUGCUGGCUCCAACCAGACCAGAGGCCCACCUCUGAGGAGGUCCACAUGUUACUGAGUUUCCUGUGUGCCAAAGGAGUCAGCAAGGCGGAGGAGGACUUUGAGAGGCGCUGGGACUCCCUGCGUCCCCUCCCCCGUGCCGGCCCAACCAGCAGCCUCCACCGUAGGACCUUGGCCGUCGACCGACCAUCCUCCUGCUCUUCUUCCUCUUUCCCACUGCUGGAACAGUUCUCAGGUUGUGACGGAUACCACAGCGAAUCAGGAGACGAUGUCCUGACUGUGACAGAGACCAGCCACGGUCUAAACUUUGAGUACAGGUGGGAGAAGGCGGGGGUGGAGCAGCCGUACCACCACGCGGCCUCGUCCUCCAGCGGCGCCCUGGGGGCUGUCAACCACCACUGCCAGGAACUGUACUACCCCCCUGGGCCCGGGGGCAUGAUGGGGGGCUGUGGGGCGGUGGAGCUGGAGGGUCUCACACUGGGGGUGUCCCCUUCCUACUACAAGCCCAAGGCGCUGCACGGCUCUGGGGUAGGCGUGGUGCCAGUGCUCAGCGCCCACAGUCCCUCUGUGAACUCGGAGUACUAUAUCCGCAUCGAGGAGCCAGGUGCCGACUGUCACGUCAACAUGGACCUGGACUACACCAUGUGCUCCUACAGCCCGGACUACCAAGGCAGCAACGGAAGCUUCCUGACGGGCAGCGCUGACUCAGGGGACUGCAUGAUGGGAACGGGCCAGGCCCACUCCAAGCCCGUAGACUCCUACUGGUCAGCAGACAUCCACAAGGCCAGGGGCGGUGGAGCAUAUGACUCCGACCCAGACGGCAGCCCGACCAUCUCCCUGACCAUGGAGCCUCUUCUGGGGCAGGUCUCUGAGUCCAGCCCCCUGAGACCCUGGGAGACCGGCCACUACGUCUCCUACAAGGACAGGGAUGGGGGGUACUACUAUGAGCACUCCCCUCCCCUGGGCAUCGGUCACCACAGGGGUCUGGGUUUGGACCACCACCGGCAUUACAUUAUGGGGCGGGAACACUCAGCCCCUGAGCCCCACCAGGAGAGCUGGGGUUCCAGGAGCCUCCGUCAGGCCCUGGGGGAACUGGAGAACCCUCUGGGGAUACCUGCGUCCAUCAGCGGCCCUCCCCAGGGUGGUGUUCCUCCUUUUGAUGCAGGGGACCCUUACCUGGAACCAGCCCAGGGAUCAGGGUCCGUCCUCGGGCCAAGCAGUGUCACAGGUGGCUACUAUGACAUGAUGGGUUCUCUGAGGAAGACCAUGCCAGGCCACUCAGUCAGCAUCACCAUGGCAUCGGAAGAGGCCCUCUUCAUCAGUCACCGGGACAGUGACUCAGACGAGGAAGACGAUAUAUUCUUAGAGAGGAGCAGCGCUUGUAACACCUGGCCCACUAAACCGUCCAGCCACUCCGUUAACAGCACCGGUCUGGGUUUGGGUUUGAGCCUUGGCCGGAGUAGACAGGCUGGUUGCAGACAACAGCAGGAUGCCUAUGCAGACUUCCACUACACCAUGCCCACCAUCGACAUAGAGGACUCCUGGCCUGAGACCUUCCACUCGGGCCCAGGUGUGGCCAAACCUAUCGACUACCUGGAGACUAGGCCAUGUCCAGUUAAAGACACCGGCUGUCUAGCCAUGGGGAAGCUUCACACCUUGGUGCCCUCAGAGGAAGCUUGCAAUGCCUACAUCUAUCUGUGCCAUGACAGAGAGGAAGAGGAUGGAGAGAAGAGGGAGGGGGAGAUCGAGUGCUGCCACUCUCAUUUUGUCGACCCCCUCACAGGCUUGGUGGUGUGGAACUACGCCCGGGAGGACUACGGGGACCAGCUGGUGAAGAUACCCAAUCAGGACGAGGAGGGUGUGGAUCUGUCACCAGCACCGGGAGGGCCUGCGGUAUCCAAAUCAACCUUGACACACAAGAAUAACACCAACCCUCAGGACCACGCUGAGCAGUAUGUUGACGUCACCAUGGAUCAGACCCCUUCCAGAGACUACAAGCAAGAAGUCGGUACCGAAGACAAGGGGGUCCUCACAGACCCUAAACCCCAGGAUCGGGGUACGACCACUCCGCUGGGUGGCCUCGUUCCCCUGGUGGAGCCUGAGUCAGAGCUGAGCCAGACAUUUGACAGCGGCCUGGACAAAGACCACUGCUCUAGCAUCAGUCUAGUAGACAUCUCAGACUGCUGCACCGACGAUGACGAAGACGAUGACAUCACUGACGUGACCUCUGGGAUCUUUGCUGAUGAGGUGUCAGUCGGAGAGAUUACGGCCUCUCCGUCUCUGAGUCGUCCCGUCACGUCCCUACAGCAGCAGGUGGGAAACCCCGAUUCCAUGGACUCCAUGGAUCUUCCUGCAGUGGUAGGUACCAGCUGUGAGGCGUUCAGCCCCGCCUCCAGCUCUUCCCACCCAUCUAGCUCCUCCCCCAAGGCCAUGGACAGUGGGUAUGACACGGAGAACAACGAAAGCCCAGAGUUUAUCCCCAAGGAGCCUCACAAUGAGCCAAGGGAUCCAGAUACGUUCACCCAACCGUUGGGGGAGUCAAUCCUGGACAACAGUCUGGAUGAGGAGGGGGAGGAGGGGGGAGAGGAGGCAGAGGUGACCGCCCCAGAAGAUGACGAUGAACCUACCCUUGAUGAUGAUGUGGAGCUAACGGCCUUCCAGACCACAGACAUUGAGACGAAGCUGGAACCAAUCAGUGAGAAAAAUCCCUACCGUGACUCUGCAUACUUCUCUGACUAUGAAAAUGAACGCCUUUCCAGGGAUGAGGGCGAUGAGAAAGUUGAGGAUCAUGAAAAUGCAAGGGGGGAUGAGGAAGAAGAGGCAGUGGAGGACAGGCAGAUAGAGAAGAUAGAACUGUAUAUAGAGGAAGAAGAGGAGCAAGAAGAGGAGAAAGGGUUGGGAGAAGAGGAAGAGGAUGAUGGCGAUGAAAAGCAGAAGACCUCAGCUCUUCUUCUGAAGGACAGUGACAAUCCAGAGAUGGAGGGCUGCCUGACAGAAGAUUCCCCCCGGCACGAAGAGCUGGAGCCAGGGCUUGAUCUAGCCUUCAAUCCCUUUGGAGAAGGUGAAGCAGUAUCUGAGGUUUGGCCUGCCCAGGAGGAGCCCUCUUCCCUGGGAGACUGGGCAGCGGAGGUGGUAGGUGCUAUGGAGGAGGCCUUGGGAGAACUCCAGAGGAGCAGCAGUAUUGAAACCAGCUCUAGUACCAAAGAGGUGGAGGAAGAAGAAGAGAUUAAGGAGAAGGAAGAAGAAGAGACAGAACAAGGAGACAUGGUGUACUCAUCCGAAGCCUUAGAAUCAGCAGGAGUCCUGGAAAAGGCAUCUAGUGGAAAGACCCAGGACAAGGAGGAUGGUUACCAAGACAACGGUACUCCCUCAUGCCAUAUCCGCUGUUCCUCUUCCCCACCCCCUCCCUCCACACCUCCUCCUCCUCUCCCCCCGAUGACUCCGCCUCUGGGUCGGGUUUCAUCUGGAGACGGGGAGGAGGCGGACGAGGAGGACGGAGAUGGUGACUCGGAUGACAGUGAGUCUGAUGAAGAGCUGAGGAGCUACAGCGUCCAGGAGGAGCAGAGUGAGGAGAGCGAGGAGGAGAACCACACCGUACCCAUAGUGCUUAGCAACUGUAGCGAUGGUCAUAACCUUCGGAGUCUUCUGAAGAUGCCCACCAUGCUCUCUGCAGAGACGCUCACCAGUGACCUGCUGGAACGCAAGAAGAAGGUGGUGUCCUUCUUCGAUGAUGUCACCGUCUACCUGUUUGACCAGCAAAGCCCAACCAAGGAGCUGGCUGAGAGUGGUUUUCCUCCUGGUGGUGAGAUCAGCAGACAUGGAUCAGAGGUCAAACAACCAACCUCUGAUGACUCGUCAGAUGGAAACAUCUCAGAAGAGAGUGGCGGCUAUGAGUGGGAGGAUGACUUCCCGCUGUUGCCCCUCCCCACUCCCUCAUGCAAGAUGGCUGCCUCCUCCUGCACCCCAUCCACUCCCAGCCUGCCUUCAUCCUCUAAGACACCGGAUCCCAAGCCGGCAGUGCAGUACUCCCGCUUCACCGUGUCCCCCAGCCACGCAGCACGUUUCUCCAUCACACAUGUGUCUGACUCCGACAUGGACUCAGGACCAGGAAGCAGUGAGGAUGGGGAUAGAGACUAAUCCAGAACUGUGACAACCCAGGAACUUGACGAGUGGGCCUCGAAACAUGACUUUAUGGCUUUUGGACAUCAGGUCUUAAAAGACAGUGCCUCUUAUUCUUUAGGGCCCCUUUUUAAAUGAAGACAAGAAGAGAUAUGGAAGUAGUAAAUCAAGAGAUUAUGUAAAUAAAUAUAUGAUGAUAAUAUAUAAUACAAAAAAGUAUGUACAUUAAAAAAAACAGGUAAAGACUAUAAGGUUGCAUUAAACAUACUGUUUGAAGAGAAGAAACAGUAAUUCAGUAGAGGAACUUUGGACAUAACAUGACAACACAGUCACUAGUACUGUAUGUUUGGGAGAAAAAAAUAUCUAUAAAUUACACCUUCUAACUUGGAAGAUAAGUAUGUUACAGAUCACACGUAUGGCAUGGAUAUCAAAACCCCACUGACUCACCAAUCAUAGAGGACUUCAGGAAAAAACAUCCAGGAAGUGUUGGAAAAUGACGGUACCAAGAACUUAUCUUUGAGACAUUGCUUUGUCCGCCACCAUCUAAAUAUAAAUGAAAGAUCACAAUACGUAUGUUUUUGUUUGGUCUACUGAACAAAACGAAGGCUUCUAAGUGAGUAAAUGAAUGAAGCAUCGGAACCAGGCUAAAUGGUACUGCCCAGGAUUGGCUGUGUUUUAAUGGACAGGAUCCAAGCAGCAUUGAUUCCACUUUUCCUCUAAUAACGACCACCACUGUUUUGUACAGCAGCUGACCAAUCACAACAAUCCCUGCCUUCUAUCACUAUGAGUCAUAAUGCCCCUCCCUUUCAGGGCCUGGGUUCUAGUCAUAAGUUCAUGUCGUAGCUAAUAGCUGCAAAACAUUUUGAAAUCCCAAGUGUUUGUAGGUCAGAUUCAGGUGGGUUCUGCGCAGCUUGGGAACACACCUCCACUUUUCCAUAUCUCUCUGGACAAAAGAUUUUGUGUGAAUCCAUUCAAUCGGUUUCAAGGCAAUAUCAAUCACUUUAAAGAAGUGCUGUACUCCCUUUUUUAACGACUUUGGAUCCAUGUGCUUUGCAGCACAGUGUGGGUAAAACACACCAUACUCUGCUUAGCUUACAUUGGUUGAUAUCACCAUGUUAAGCCUGUUGUUUAUCACUGUGUUGAGAGCAACACACAGCUUCCUGUGGUUUCUGAUACUCUUGACGUGAAGGUUCUUUGUAAUAUGAUCGAAUGACAUUUCUGAUUCGAAAAGCUGUACAGCAAUGUAAGAACAACACGCUUACAAACACACAAACAUACAGUAGCAUAUCAUUUUCCUAGAAACUUUUGAUGAAAAAAAAUCACUUUUAUUAAAUAUCAAACAUAAAAAUACAACUUUAAAACACUAUUAUUUUUUAGUGGCUCCAGGGGCUUCGGUAACACAUUACAGAAGAAGACUAAACACCUAAAAGACUAUUGUAAGACCAGAGAACUACGAACUUGUUCAGAGUUAACGUGUUGUUCAUCUUCAGCUGUCAAGAGCUUGGUGAUUUUAUAUAAGUUUGUCGCUGUGCAUUAUUCCAUGGUUGGUUUCAGGAUUUUAAUUGUGAAAAACUGUUCAUCUUGUGGACAUUUUACUACGGAUAACAAUGUGUGUUGUAGAAAGAACGGAAAAGGUUUGUUUGAGGGUGUAACUUGUAGAAAACCGUGCGGUGAUCCUGUUCGUCGAAUUCAGCAUUACAGAGACAUGAUUGUAGCUGGAUAUCAGGUCUGGUUGUGCCUUUUUCCCUACUUUAAUGAUCAUAGGUUGGCAAGACAGUACAAUCAGAGCUGGGAGCCAGGCUAAUAUUACAGGUAGACCCCACAAAAAACCAUGAGUGACAAUUUGGUUCAAGACAGAUGUAUAAUCAUAUAGAUUCUAUUUCAGUGGUUAAAAGAUCCACUCUGUUCUCCAUGCAGUCAGUGUGUUUUGUUUGCCUUUCUAAGGCUUUAAUAUUGUAUACUAGUAUAGUGUUCAUCACUUCAUCUAGACAGACGUUUGUUCCUACUAUUUUUGUAUCUCAAAAAAAUUAAAAUAAUUUUAAGAAUAUCUGGAAUUUACCUGGAAGGAGAAGGUAAAAAGGAGAGGUAUUUAUGUUUGUUUUACUGUUGCCAAAGAGAUGCAUUUAAUGAAAUAAUGUGGGAAAGGAACUAUGCUAUUUAAGGAAGUAAUCUGGGAAAGGAAUUAUUAUAUUUAAGAAGUAAUGAGGAACUAUGGUAUUUCAUCUGUUACAGCCCUUUAAGUAGUGGGACGAUUGCUUGGUUCCCAGUCUGCUCGUGCCGUUAUUCCACUCUUUGUCAUAAUGGCUCAGGGAGACUGCUUGCCAUGCUAAUGGUACGAAGUGGGUUUGGUCAUGAUGUAACCGAGCGGGACUAGGGAUCGUGUCAGUAAUGUACCCUACACACACUCAACCACUGGUCACAUGGUUACUUUUUCUGUACCUUAUUAUGACAUACAGUAUGAAUAAAGUCUUAUGACAACUUAUGAAUAAAGUCUUAUGAUUUACAGUAUGAAUAAAGUAUUAUUAUCACAUACAGUAUGAAUAGUCUUAUUAUGACAUAAAGUAUAUAUAAAGUCUUACUCUAACAUAGAGUAUGAAUCAAGUAUUAUGAUAUAAAGUGUGAAUAAAGUCUUAUAAAGUAUGAAUAAAGU